AUGGCAUCGAAGCCCCAGGUCAUCCUCGUCGUUGGCGGAACGUCCGGAAUUGGAUACGCCAUCACGCAAUGCAUUCUUUCAUCGCCUUACCUACCAUUGAAUGCCAAAGUAAUCGCAUUUGGGCUUAUAGAUUCAACCAUCAAGCUCGAGUUUACGAAACAACAGAGAGAGCGCCUAAGGAUAGUCGAAGGCGAUGUCACAGUAGAGGAAGAUCGAGAGUUAGCGGUCCAGACAUGUUUUAACCAUUUUGGAGGACUCGAUACAUUGGUGUACUGCGCGGGCGUUAUCACACCGAUACAAAGAUUGGAGAAGUUGGACAUGGAAGCUGUGAAGAGAAGUUUUGAUAUCAAUGUUUUCGGAGCCAUGAGUAUGGUUCAGCUCACCCUCCCACAUCUCCGUGCGUCACGGACAUCUCAUCCUCUAAAUGCUGGUCGUGGCAAAGUUAUAAUCUUAUCUUCAGCAUGCGAUACUACAAUAUCCUACCAUGGUUGGACCCCUUACAGCACCACCAAAGCCGCACUAACCCGGUUCAUUUCCUGUCUCGCACAUGAAGAGCCUCUACUCAGCGUUCAGGGCGUAUACCCGAAGUUGACGCGGACGAAAAUGAUCGAUGGAUUAGUUGAAGGGAGGUAUCAGGGGGUUAUGGCGGACCAUGAGAUUGAGCGGUUCAGGAUUUGGGACGAGAUGGGCGACGAGAUGGUGGAGCCACCUGAGCUCUGCGGAGACGCUAUUGCGAAGUUGGCGCUCGGACUUUUCGAGGGUGGAAAGAGUGGAGAGACUCUAUAUUAUUACGAGCACAUUCCACGGAAGAUCGAGGGGACAUGA